CAUCACCCUCCUCCUCCUCCUCUUCCUCCUCUUCUACACACCAUCCCUCAGGUGAGACCUCGUCCUCGCGUCGGUGUCACUCAUUAAAACCACCGACAUGAAACACAUCGUUCUACACGUGAACUGGAAACGGGUUCGAGUCCAGAUGCUAGCAGCUGUUAGCGUUAGCCUCGCUAGCAUGUAGCUGUUCCUGAGUGUUUUCCUCCUGGAAGCUGAGAUGAUGAGAUGAAGCUCACAGGAGGAGAAUCCAACCAAUCAGAUACAGGCGUUGAAGAUGGGGCGCAGGAAGUCCAAGAGGAAGCCGCCUCCCAAGAAGAAGAUGACGGGGAACCUGGACACCCAGUUCACCUGCCCGUUCUGCAACCACGAGAAAUCCUGCGACGUGAAGAUGGAACGGACGCGGAACACGGGGAUCAUAUCGUGCAGCGUCUGUUUGGAGGAGUUCCAGACGCCCAUCACCUAUCUGUCCGAGCCCGUGGACGUCUACAGCGACUGGAUCGACGCGUGUGAAGCAGCCAAUCAGUAGUCCCGUCUCCCUGUGACUCCUCCCUUACCUCACGCUUCACCUCUGGUUUGGCGAAUCAGCUCCUGUCUGUCCCACCGUCCCUUCCCGUCAGAGACACGCUGGGAGACACGCCCCCUCUGGCUGGGCCGGAGGCCGGACAGUAACGUGUCAGCGUCACGGCUUCAGGAUCAUUUUCUCAUUUCACUGAUGAAAAGUGUUGUUUCCUUUCACAGAAGAUGAAAGAUGCUCUGACAUUCUCCGUAUUAAACCGUCAUAUUAUUAUUAAGUUUAUAAUAUAACCUGACUUUUUUAGUAUUUAUAUUAUAAAGAAUCAUUCCUUUCUUUAGGUCGUAUGCAGAAUAUACUCACGUACACAAGUGUUAGUGUGUUUCUGUUUUCAUCCCUGUUACAAAAUGCACUGAAUCAUUAUGAUGGUUUCUCCUUUUUUACAUUAUUAUGUAUUUGUACUGCUAGAUUUUAAUUUUCCUUUUGAAAACCACAAACAUGUAUUGUCUUUUACACUCUUGUGUAUUUCACCUGUACUGUGUUAAUUUGAUGUAACGACAAUGAUGAGAAAAUGAACCAGAAAAAAGUAUUUUUCAAGUGUUUUAUUGCACAAAUGUGGCGUAAAGAAGAAAAGAGGUUAGCGCAGAUGUGUAGUUUGAACAAAUGUUGAAACACAUGAGGACGAAGUUGUUUCUGCCAUUCUGAAUAUCAUGGUGUGAUAAUUAUGAUUCAUUCUCACAUUGGAUCGAUUUAAAAAGAAGUUUGGUCGUUUGAUGGAUUAAAAAAAAAAUAUCUGAAAA